UACAGUUACUUACAACUCAAAGUCAAUGUUACAAUGUGUCAUCUUUCAAAGUGUGCUUCUUCAUGAUAUUUCGAUUGAACACGGCCAAGGGAUCAAAACACCUUACCCGGUCUAAUCGAACCGAAACCAUUAUUCGAUUUUGGAUCGGUUAAAUUAGAGGCCUCAGACUCAAAUGCAGCUUGAGGCCCAAUUUGUAUAAGCAAGCAAAAAGAGCAUAUUCCGAAUCGCAGGCUUGAUCGUCUUCCUCACCUAAUAUCUGUUUUGUUCAGUGUGUAGGGUUUUUUUAAGGUUUAUCUCUUUACGCAAUCAUGGAAUCUCUGGGAAAGUUACAGCUCCAUCACCAGCCAUUCCACCUUUCCUUCACUCACACCUCUUCAUCGUUCCGGAGAAUCCCAAUUUCCUCAAUACGACCAAUUUCAUCUGUCAAAUGCGCUUCAAUCAAAGCUUCGUCUUCCAAAUUUCAAGACUCCAGAACGCAUCUCCAAAAAUCCACACCUUUCCGUCUCAUAAAAUCCACAUGCAUCACUCUAACAACCGCCGCGGCGCUGCUCCUCGUCAAUCUCCAGCUCAAAUCGCCGGCGAUUGCAGCUCCCGUCGCGCCUCCGCCGUCAGUGGAAAGCAACGAAAACGUUACCUUGGAAGAAGAAGAGAGAGCGCUUGAAGAGCAUUUGGCGACUCACCCUCCUGAUGUCGACUCUCUUCGUUCCUUGAUGGAGGUAAAGAUCAAAUCUCGAAAGCUUACAGAAGCAGUAGAAGUGAUCGAUCGUCUGAUAAAACUGGAACCCGAGGAAUCGGAAUGGCCAGUUUUGAAAGCCAACAUCUUUACUUACAGUGGAGAUUUAGAUUCAGCCAAAACUGGAUUUGAAGAGAUUCUGGCUAAAGAUCCUCGAAGCCUUGAAGCUUAUCACGGCCUGCUUAUGGCUUAUUCCGAUGCAGGUCUUGAUUUGAAAGAGUUGGAGAAGAGAAUCGAGGAAGCAAUGUUGAGGUGCAAACAAGAGAAGAAUGAUAACGAUUUCCGGGAUUUCAAGCUGCUCGUGGCUCAAAUUCGGGUCAUUGAAGGGAGGCACAGUGAAGCAUUGAAGCUUUAUCAAGAGCUUGCGAAAGAGGAACCAAGAGAUUUCAGGCCUUAUCUCUGUCAAGGAAUCUUAUACACAUUGAUGAAGAAGAAAGACAAGGCAGAGGAACAAUUCGACAAGUUUCGGAAACUUGUCCCCGAGAAUCAUCCUUUCAGGGAGUAUUUCAUGGAUAAUAUGUUAGCGACAAAGCUUUUCUCAGAGAAGACGCAGCGUGAGAUGGCUGGAUCAGAGAGUUGAAUGGGAAAGAUGAUGAUGCUUAGUAGACUUGGAAAAAAAAAAUGUGAUCUUGAUGAUUGUAUGGGGUAGGCUUACUCUUUCUUGAUCGUCUUAGAUGUCUCUUUAAUUGGUUGAUAUAAAGGUCAUAAGUUGGACACUUGAUUUGAUUUAAUGAUGGAUUUGAACCACAAUCCCAUGUGCACAUGGUCUAGAUGCUUAGGUAUAUAUUUUCACUAUAUUAUUCACUCAACUUAAGACAUUGCUUUGGAUGA